CGAAAACAAGUUCGAGUUGGAUUUUCCAGCCACUACGGUCUUGACGAGAUUGUGUGAAAAAUUCCUUAGCUUUCAAUUGCCCCGAAAAUGGUUGAUAAAUUCAUAAGCAUGUGGAAAGUGCGCGAAUUGGCGGACAAAGUCACCAAUGUCGUGAUGAACUACACGGAGACGGAGGGAAAAGUGCGGGAGGCCACCAACGAUGAUCCAUGGGGCCCAACGGGUCCUCUGAUGCAAGAGCUGGCCUACGCAACCUUCUCCUACGAAACUUUCCCGGAGGUGAUGUCCAUGCUGUGGAAGCGGAUGCUGCAGGACAAUAAAACCAAUUGGCGUCGCACCUACAAGAGUCUACUUCUGCUGAACUAUUUGGUGCGAAACGGCUCGGAGCGAGUGGUGACUUCCUCGCGGGAGCACAUCUACGAUCUGCGCUCGCUGGAGAACUACACGUUCACCGACGAGGGUGGCAAGGAUCAGGGUAUUAAUGUUAGGCAUAAGGUACGAGAGCUUAUAGACUUCAUUCAGGACGAUGAUCGGCUGCGCGAGGAGCGCAAGAAGGCGAAGAAGAACAAGGACAAGUACAUCGGCAUGAGCAGCGAUGCGAUGGGAAUGCGAAGCGGUGGCUACAGCGGCUACAGUGGUGGCGGCGGCGGCGGCGGAAGUGGAGGUGGCUACAAUGACGGCGACUAUCGCUCCAGUCGCGGAGACAACUGGUACUCUGACAAGAGUAACGCGGAUCGGUAUGAAGAUGAUGAUACUCACUACGAUGGCGAGCGCGAAGGAUCCGAUAGCGACUCACCCAGUCCAAGACGUAAUUAUCGCUACAAUGACCGAGCAAGUCCCGCCGACGUGGCCACCGAAGCCAAGCCCUCGAGCCUCAACAUGAACAUCCGUUCGAAGACCGUCAGCUCGCCGGUGUCCAAGCAGCCAGCACCGGCUACGUCUAAGCAGCCACCGUCGCAGAAAAAGAUUGAUCUUGGAGCGGCAGCCAAUUUCGGAAAGCCAGCGCCAGGCGGAGCGGCUGGAAUCCACUCGCCCACACACCGCGACACACCCACCAGCGUUGAUCUGAUGGGCGCCGGCUCACCAGCUUCUGCCUCUAAGGCCAACAACAACAACACGCAAAGCAAUAGUAACGAUUUGCUGGAUGAUCUGUUCAAGACCUGCUCGCCCACGCCGCAAAAGCAAUCGGAGAAGACACUGAACCCCGGCGCAGUCACGGAUGACGAUGACGACUUCAAUCCGCGUGAGGGCGACGCUGGUCAGCAAGAUUUUGGUGAUUUUGCUUCGGCGUUCGGAGGAUCGACCACCGAACCACCUUCAACUGGCCUGGUCCCGGCAAGCAAUGAUGAGUUUGCCGACUUUACAGCAUUCCAGGGAUCAGCAACGACCAGCUCGGGACUAGAUGCUAAUCUUCUAACGACGGCCACGCCGGCGAACGACUCCUUUGACUUGUUUAAUAGUGCUCCCGCAGCGGGCACGACGUCGCCGGGAGCCACCACGGCCACAGAUCUCCUGGCGGGCCUGGGCGAUCUGUCCAUCCACCAAAGCAUGCCAAUGGCUGGAGUCGAGGAGCAGGUGUCAUUCGUGGAUGAUCCUCUACCGCCGCCCCCGGAUUCGGUGCGCCUAGCUUUGGUCAAUGCCCAGAAGAAGUUGCUCGAGUUGCAGAGCGUGCAGAGUUCCUCAGCAGCUACCCAGGUGGCUGGCAUUUUGCAACAGCUUCAGGAACUAAAUGCCUUGCCGGGUUUUUCCACCCCGGAGCAGUUGGUCGGCUGGGAUGCGCCGAAGUACGACUGGACUUCGCUGGCAAACGAAGAGUUUGCGGAUCUGCUGAGCCAAUUGAUGGAUCUUUUCAGCCAGGAUUGGCCAGAUGCCACGCGGGACGUAGAAGUACUGAAUCUGUUCAAACUGGAUCACAGCUUUGAUUACAUUUUGGUGUCCUUUGAGGCGCUCAUCAGGAAAUUAGAUCAGCUGCCUGCCACAAUAAGCAGUUUUCUUGGAAACUUGUUGCAAGACGAGUGUUUGAUUUCCAUAGCGUUGCUGCACAUCUCCCGCCAACGAGAAUCGCUGAUGCAACGCUAUUCCAGAACCAUUAAAAUAAUGCCGGAGAGGAAAUUGGAGGAACUGGAUGCCCGGGUGAAGGGAUUCUUUCAACUGCUCGUUGGACUUCCGUCGCAUGUUGCCAACCGUCUUGGCCGCAACCUGCCAGACAUAUUUUCUCCUGUUCCCUAUAAGCAGCUCCUCCUCCGCCAGUGGCUGAAGUCCUUUCACUUCAUUGUCCAGAGCGAUAAUGGGGAGGAGUCCUUUAACUUGGCUCCUUAUUCCUGGCUAUUGUCACAAAUUGUGAAUCUUUUUUACGAUGGCCCGACUCUGGAGAGUUUCCUGAGAGUGCUCAAGGACUACGCGGUAGCCACCCGUGGCAGAAAGUUUGUGCAGAACAUCCUUAUCGAUCUUGAUCCGGCUGCCUGUGUCAAGGUGGCUCAGUCGGUUCUCUCGGCGAGACUGAAUCUCUACCUUCUACUGGGACCUGGCGCAUUGGAGGGCCCCCAUUGGAAGCACUGCUUGCUUCAAAAGCUACCUCUUCAGCGCACGCCAGUGGAAAAUGAGCAGCUGAAAACCUUAGCAACGUAUCUGAAUGCUACUUCUCCAACUCAGCUGCAGGUGCUGUUCCAUCAACUGCUAGGAAUCUGGUCCAAGCGCAUCUCACUGCAAAAACUGAGCAGCCAGGAGCACUUGGCCAUAUCCAAGUUCCUUGUCCUGGCGGGAAAAUGCCUUUGCCGCGGCCUAGAAAUCGGUCUGGACAGCAAACGCCAGCUGCACGAUGGUCUCAGCCACCACCUGCAGUCCCCCGAUGCACUGCAGCGAUAUGUGGGCAUGAAAACCGUAGAGCUUUUGUUCAACUUUAUGGAACUACCGAACACAAAAGAGGAGGAUCGUUUGCGGUUCGAUUACACGACAUUUAAGGAAACAUCUGACUGGCACAUAUUCGAGGAGCUGGACGAUCUGGCCCAGUUCGAGUGUCCUAGUAUUGCGGAGUUAAACGAGAAGCCCACCAAGGGGAGCUUCCAUCACUUGAAAUUGCACUUGGAGGAGUUUAUGAGCAGCUCAGAGGAAGAGAAACAUAACUCCAAAGUAGAAGUUGUUGAGAAACCAGCAGCUGUCAGGAAGGAGAAUCUCAAAAUGCAGCUGGAUUCUGAUGAUGAUGAGCCUGAGGAUGAAGAUGACGAUGAUCUGAAGCCUUACAGCAUGUCCAACGAUAUUAGCACCACUUUGGAACAGCGUCCAAAGUUUCUGCUUGAUCUGCUGCAUCUGCUGCGCACCAAGGUCGAGAACUAUCAGGUCUUCGAAGGUGCCUUGGGCACGGCGGAGAAACUGAUCCGCGGCCAACUGGCCAGGCAUGACAGACAACUAGCUCUGGACUUGAUGCAGCUAUUCAUUACCCUCGAUAUGCAGUUCUAUUACGAGAACUUUGAGAACACCCGCUUCCAGUGUUGUGUGGCCAUUUGUGUGUCGCAUCCCGGGCCUUGUGCCGAGUACUUGUGUCGCCAGUUUCACACGGACAACUCCAGCUAUGCGGCGGACGUGCGCAUUCUCAUCCUUCAAGUGCUCGCUGCCACGGCCAAAGAACUGUCGUCCGGCAAUGAGAAGCAGGAACAGGAGCAAAUGUCUACGGACUCUCUUGACAUAAUUCCGCCGGCCGCUAAGCAACCGCGCAAGUUUCAACGGUUGCAGGAAGAGGAGAACCCGGCAGCUCGGUUGGCGGCUGCCCAGCGAAUCAUCCGAGAGCGGUUGAAGGCCAAGACCAAGAGAUACUUUAGCAAACCGUCGGCAACCGAGCGGAUGGAACGGGCAAACCCAUUCCACCCAGUUGCCGGCACCUUCUUCUUUAGCCUGGUUAGGGGUCAGCGGACCCGGCAGAUGCUGUUCGUCAAGUACGAGAACAUAGCCCACGACAUCGACACCCAGCUACUGGUGAAUCUACUGCACACUCUUUCCGUGCUGGUCAUGGCUUCCCAAAACUGUCCCCUGCUGCCGGCGAUGACCCGUGAGAUCUUUGACCUGUGCGCCUUCGUGAGAUUCAAUGCCGAGGCUCGCGUCCGAGCAGCCACGCUUCAACUGAUCGGGAUUGCUCUGGUGACCACUCCGGCCCAUGUUUUGGGCCACCAUUUCGCCGAGUCGCUCAACGAGCUGCAGCGUUGGUUGGAGGAUUUCAUAAGAUCGCCCUUGGUGGGCGGAGAAACAUCCGAGGAGUGUCGAGAUCUGGCCCAAAAUAUUCUGGAUACCUGCUACAAACUAUUCGAUGCAGCUGCCAUGGAGCAGGCUGGCUAAACUUAGCUAUUAAGCCCACAAAGUGGGUCAAUUUGUAACCAUAAAUUGUGUACAAAAUAUCUUCAUUUAGAAGUACUUCACCCACUUUAAUAUAAAUACACACUUAAAACACAGUGUCCUUAUACCUACCAUAUAUAAAAUAUUGUUUUGAAUAGUUUGUACUUCAUGAAAUUACAAUUUAUGUAUUUAAAGCCCGCCAAAGCAUUGUAUUGCAGGUAUAUACGGAUUUAUUUUAUUUAAACUACUUUCUUCUGUUCAUUUGUUUUUCUCCAACUCCUACUGCAUAUUUGUAUUGCAACCACACACACAUCGGAUCUAAUUUUAUAUUAAAACAAAUAUAUAUAAAUAUGUAAUUAAUUAUGGUCGA